UGGCUAGCCGCCAUCUUGCUUCUUUUUCUCGCUCGCUCUCACCCUCUCAGGAGCUAGCGAAAGUGCUUUGGCGGUUUGUACGGCCGUGGCUCGGACUUUCCGGACCAAGCAGCCCUGCGGACGAUUUCUCGAGGCUCUUUCCCCGCCCCUGCCCCUGCCCCGUACCGGGAGAGCCCCUGGAAGCGCGCAGACUUGGUUCUCACCCUGGCGGACUACUUUUAAGGGGUGUGACAGGAGGUUUUGGACUAGAUGAGUUUCCACCGAAAUGUCGGAGAAGUCAGGCCAGAGCACAAAAGCAAAGGAUGGGAAGAAGUAUGCAACACUCAGUUUGUUUAAUACUUACAAAGGAAAGUCCUUGGAAACACAGAAGACUACAGUUGCAGCUCGACAUGGAUUACAAAGUCUUGGAAAAGUUGGUAUUUCACGGCGGAUGCCCCCACCUGCUAACCUCCCAAGUCUCAAAGCAGAAAACAAAGGCAAUGAUCCUAAUGUGAAUAUUGUGCCUAAAGAUGGUACAGGAUGGGCAUCGAAACAAGAGCAACAUGAGGAAGAAAAAGCACCAGAAGUGUCACCAUCACAGCCCAAACCUGGGGUUGCAGCUCCCCCGGAAGUAGCACCUGCUCCCAAGUCAUGGGCCAGUAACAAGCAAGGUGGGCACGGAGAUGGAAUCCAAGUGAACAGUCAAUUUCAGCAGGAAUUUCCCAGUCUGCAGGCAGCUGGAGAUCAGGAAAAAAAAGAAAAGGAAGCAAAUGAUGAGACCUAUGGACCUGGACCCAGCUUACGCCCACCAAAUGUGGCUUGCUGGAGAGAUGGUGGUAAGUCUGCUGGGCCACCUUCCUCUGAUCAGGAUGAAAAGCAACUUGGCCAGGAUGAAAGCGCGGCUAUAACAUCAGAACAAAAUGAUAUUCUCAAAGUGGUGGAAAAGAGGAUAGCUUGUGGUCCUCCUCAGGCCAAACUGAAUGGACAGCAGCCAGCGCUUGCUUCUCAGUACAGAGCUAUGAUGCCUCCUUAUAUGUUUCAGCAGUACCCAAGGAUGGCCUAUCCUCCUCUACAUGGUCCCAUGAGGUUCCCACCUUCUUUAUCAGAAACAAACAAAGGCCUUCGAGGAAGAGGCCCUCCUCCUUCUUGGGCUUCUGAGCCUGAACGCCCAUCCAUCCUUAGUGCAUCAGAACUGAAGGAGCUCGAUAAAUUUGAUAACCUAGACGCUGAAGCUGAUGAAGGUUGGGCAGGUGCUCAGAUGGAAGUAGAUUACACAGAACAGUUGAAUUUCAGUGAUGAUGAUGAGCAAGGGAGCACUAGUCCUAAGGAGAGCAGCAGUGAGGAUCAAACAUCAAAAACACCUGAAAGCACAGAAAACCGAAAAGAAGAUGAAGCUUCCAUCACUAAAUCAUCCUCUCAGAUACCUGCUCAGCCUCCAGUCCCAAAAAGUCCUUAUGGGAAGGGGCCACCAUUUAAUCAGGAACGUGGCCCAUCUUCACACUUGCCACCACCUCCCAAAUUGCUUGCACAACAGCACCCCCCACCUCCAGAUCGACAGAUCCCUGGAAGACAAGGCCCCUUUCCCUCCAAACCUCCAGUACCUGAUAAUGAUGAAAUAUGGAAGCAAAGACGAAAACAACAGUCUGAAAUAUCUGCAGCAGUGGAGCGUGCUCGUAAACGCCGUGAGGAGGAAGAGCGAAGGAUGGAGGAACAGAGGAAGGCUGCGUGUGCAGAGAAAUUGAAACAGCUGGAUGAGAAGCUCGGGAUCAUAGAAAAGCAACCAUCUCCAGAGGAACUUAGAGAAAGAGAGAGAGAGAAGGAGCGGGAGCGAGAGAAAGAACUUGAAAAAGAAAAAGAACAGGAACGAGAGAGGCAGCAGGAACUUGAAAAAGAGCAGGAAAAGCAGAGAGAAAUGGAGAGGGCAAGACAGCAAGAGAAAGAGUUAGAACAACAGAGAGAAAAGGAACAGGAGCUACAGAGGUUGAGAGAACAGGAAAAGGAGAGCGAGCUGAAGGAACAGGACAGAGAGGGAAAAGUGGAACCCCAAGAGCCUGCUGUGGAGCCUGCAACAGAAAGCAAAGAAAGUGAAAACUCCAAGAAAGAAGAAGAACCAGUUUUCACUAGACAGGACAGCAAUCGCAGUGAAAAGGAGACCUUACAAGUGGUACAAGAAGCAGAACCUGAAUCAGGGUCUCAGCCCCGACCUGGCUAUUUCAAACAGUUUCAGAAAUCAUUGCCACCACGAUUUCAGCGGCAGCAGGAACAGAUGAAACAGCAGCAGUGGCAGCAGCAACAGCAGCAGCAGCAAGGCGUACUUUCACAAACUGUGCCUUCACAGCCAUCUAAUGGUUCAGUCCCUCCACCACACAGGCCCCUUUACCAGCCAAUGCAGCCCCACCCUCAACAUCUGGCUUCUAUGGGUUUUGACCCAAGGUGGCUCAUGAUGCAGUCCUACAUGGAUCCUCGGAUGAUGUCAGGAAGGCCUGCAAUGGACAUCCCACCCAUUCAUCCUGGAAUGAUUCCUCCUAAGCCAUUAAUCAGAAGAGACCAGAUGGAAGGGUCGCCUAAUACCUCUGAAUCGUUUGAGCAUAUAGCUCGGUCUACAAGAGAUCACGGACUUUCACUUUCUGAACCUCGGAUGAUGUGGGGGUCAGAUCCCUAUCAUGCUGAGCCUCAGCAGGCAGCUACUCCCAAAUCUGCUGAAGAAACUGGGGGUGCACGGCCUGAAACUGCAGUGGACCAUGAGCAUGUGACUGCUGCUUAUCCUGUAGAACAUAGUCAGUUGGAAACGCAUUCAAAAACAGAUGUUGCUAGAGACUCAACUGAAACAGAAGGACAAAAGUUUUUAAGCCGAUCAGUGGAAGAUGUAAAACCUCACCAUGUUGAUACAAAUAAUCAGUCUACUUGUUUUGAUGCAAUUGAUCAAAAGAGCUUGCCUACUCCUACAGAAGAGCGGAUCUCAGCACUAGAAAGUCAACCUGUCCGAAAAAGAAGUGUUUCCCAUGGAUCCAGUCAUGCUCAGAAUGCAGAGGAACAAAGAAAUGAGCCAUCUGUCAGCAUACCUAAGGUUGCCAACCGAUGUAUUGAUUCCAAAGAAACUGUAGAAAAGCCAGAGGAGAAGCCAAGGAAAGAUGGCUUUCUGCGAUCUUCUGAAGGGCCUAAACCAGAGAAAAUCUAUAAAUCUAAAUCAGAAACUCGGUGGGGUCCAAGACCAAGCUCCAACAGAAGAGAAGAAGGUAAUGACAGGCCUGUGAGAAGAUCAGGUCCCAUUAAAAAGCCUGUACUUAGAGAUAUGAAAGAAGAGCGGGAACAGAGGAAGGAGAAAGAAGGUGAAAAAGUUGAGAAGGUCACUGAAAAAGCUGUUAAAGCAGAAAAACCAGAAAAGAAAGAUCUUCCUCUUCCUCUACCACCUCCAGCACCAGCUCAGCUGCAGCCGUUGGUUUCACCACCGGUACAGCCAGAACCAGAGAAACCACCAUCAACAGCAACAUCAGCUCUGACUCAGAAGCCAUCUCAAGAUGAGAAACCUUUGGAACCUGUCGGGAGUGUCCAGGUAGAGCCUGUAGUUAAAACUGUAAACCAACAGAGUGUUGCAGCACCUACGGUCAAGGAAGAAAAACCACCUGAGAAAGUCAUUAACAAAGAUGUCGGAGUAGAAAGACCUCGUCCAGAUUCUAGACCAGCAGUUAAAAAAGAAGCACCUCUGCCAACUAGGACCUAUUGGAAAGAAGCUAGAGAUCGGGAUUGGUUUCCAGACCAGGGAUACAGAGGCCGAGGCAGAGGCGAGUAUUACUCCAGAGGUCGAAGUUAUAGAGGCUCUUACGGGGGUCGUGGCAGAGGUGGUAGAGGGCACACUCGUGAUUAUCCUCAGUAUAGAGACAGUAAACCAAGACCAGAACAUGUGCCUUCAGGACCUCUCAGACAACGAGAAGAAAGCGAAACACGAAGUGAGAGUUCUGAUUUUGAGGUUGUUCCCAAAAGAAGGCGACAGAGGGGUUCUGAGACUGACACAGACAGUGAAGUUCAUGAAAGCGCAAGUGACAAGGAUAGUUUAAGCAAAGGGAAACUUCCCAAAAGAGAAGAACGGUCUGAAAACAAAAAACCUGUCAAGCCCCAGACUUCUUUUAAACCUGAAAACCAUGUCCGAAUAGAAAAUAGGGCAUUAGAGAAGCCUUAUGUAAGAGACGAGGAUAAAGCCAAGCCAGGUUUCCUUCCCAAAGGGGAGCCUACAAGGCGUGGCAGAGGAGGAACAUUCAGACGAGGUGGAAGGGAUCCUGGAGGCCGGCCAUCACGUCCUGCUACCUUAAGAAGGCCUGCUUAUCGAGACAAUCAGUGGAACACAAGGCAGGCAGACCCUCCUAAACCUGAAGAUGGGGAGCCACCAAGAAGACACGAGCAGUUUAUACCAAUACCUGCAGAUAAACGACCUCCCAAAUUUGAACGAAAAUUUGACCCAGCUAGAGAGAGGCCCCGAAGACAGCGUCCUACCCGACCACCAAGGCAAGAUAAGCCUCCUCGAUUUAGACGUCUGAGAGAGAGAGAGGCUGCUUCAAAGACAAAUGAGGUCUUGGUACCCACAAAUGGCACAGUUAAUAGUGUUCAAGAACCAGUUAAUCCACCCGCAGAUGUUUCUGGAAAUAAGACACCAGAUUUGUCUAAUCAGAACUCUUCAGAUCAGGCAAACGAAGAGUGGGAAACAGCCUCUGAAAGCAGUGAUUUUAAUGAGAGGCGAGAGAGGGAUGAGAAAAAAAACGCUGAUCUGGGUUCCCAAGCGAUUGUGAAGGCUGGGGAAAGUGCUUUGCCUCCAAAAAGAGAACUAGCAAAGAGAAGUUUUUCUAGUCAGAGACCUGGGGUUGAUCGCCAGAGUCGACGUGGUAACAGUGGCCCGCCCAAAUCAGGAAGGAAUUUUUCAGGUCCUAGGAAUGAAAGAAGAAAUGGCCCACCAUCAAAAAGUGGAAAGAGAGGGCCAUUUGAUGACCAGUCUUCAGGCACAGCUGGUGUUGACCCUGUCAGUGGUAAUUCUGCACACCAUCAAGAAGGUGUGCCUAAUGGUGCAGGACAAAAGAAUUCCAAGGAUGCUACUGGGAAAAAGAGAGAAGAUACCAAACUGGGUCCUAAAAAACCGAAAGAGAAAGUAGAUGCUCUGUCACAGUUUGAUCUCAACAAUUAUGCAAGUGUUGUUAUCAUUGAUGAUCAUCCUGAAGUAACUGUAAUUGAAGACCCCCAGUCAAAUUUGAAUGAUGAUGGCUUUACUGAAGUUGUAUCUAAAAAACAGCAAAAGCGGUUACAGGAUGAGGAACGCCGAAAGAAGGAAGAACAAGUCGUACAGGUAUGGAGCAAAAAAAAUAUAGGUGAAAAAGGAAGAAGUCAAACGUCUAAGCUUCCUCCAAGGUUUGCCAAAAAACAAGCUACUGGGACUCAGCAAGUACAAGCUCCACCCUCUGUGCCAGUUCCAGUCUCUUCCUCAGCCCCAGUCCUGACAUCCCCAGCAACUGCAGUUCCUGCCUCCACCCCAGUUCCAGUUCCCAUUCUGGCAUCAGCUACGGCUCUAGUUCCAGUGUCAACCGCAGCUCCAGUUCCAACCUCAGCCUCAGCUCCUGUUCCAGCAUCCACUUCAUCUCCAGUCACAGCCUCUUCCUCAUCCCAGCCAUCAGUCCCAGCUCCAACUCCUAUCCUUGCCUCAGCCCUAGCACCAGCUUCAGUCUCUUCUCCAACCCCAGUGGUCUCAGCUACAGCUGUGCCAUCUAUUUCAACACCAGCUGCCCCGGCCUCAGCCCCAACAGCCUCAGUUCCGCUUGUCCCACCCCCAGCUACAUCCACUGCCCCACCCCCAGCCUCAACGGUACAGACACAGACACAGACCCACAAACCAGUCCAGAGUCCACUUCCACCUUCAACACAAUCUUUAAAGCAGCCACCACCUUCAAUUAGAUUACCUUCAGCUCAGGCAUCUAAUGGCCCAGAUUAUGUAGCCACUGGGAAACCCACGCCCACUUCCCAGUCCCAUGGGUCUCUAACAGCUGAGUUAUGGGACAACAAAGUGGCUGCUCCAGCUGUGCUGAAUGACAUUUCUAAAAAAUUAGGUCCUAUUAGUCCACCACAGCCUCCUUCAGUUAGUGCAUGGAAUAAGCCCUUAACAUCAUUUGGAUCAGCAACUUCAUCAGAGGGAACAAGAAAUGGUCAAGAGAGUGGUGCUGAAAUUGGAAUUGACACAAUUCAGUUUGGUGCUCCAGCCUCAAAUGGGAAUGAGAAUGAGGUGGUUCCUGUGCUUUCAGAGAAGCCAACUGACAAAGUUCCUGAGCCUAAAGAGCAGCGGCAGAAACAGCCACGGGCAGGGCCCAUUAAAGCUCAGAAGCUUCCAGACUUGAGUCUGGUAGAAAACAAAGAACAUAAACCUGGUCCCAUUGGAAAGGAACGAUCAUUAAAAAAUAGAAAAGUGAAAGAUGCCCAGCAGGUUGAGCCAGAAGGACAGGAGAAGCCAAGCCCAGCUGUGGUCAGAAGCACAGAUCCUGGAACAGCAAAAGAAACCAAAGCCGUCUCAGAAAUGUCUGCUGAGAUAGGAGCCAUGAUCUCAGUAUCAUCUCCAGAAUAUAGCACUGAUGCAAAGGAGUCUGUAACAGACUACACCACACCUUCCUCUUCUCUGCCUAACACUGUGGCUACUAAUAAUGCAAAGAUGGAGGAUACUUUGGUUAAUAAUGUGCCCCUGCCCAACACCCUUCCCCUCCCUAAGAGGGAGACUAUACAGCAAAGCUCCAGCCUGACUUCAGUUCCUCCCACUACUUUCAGCCUCACCUUCAAGAUGGAGUCUGCACGGAAGGCAUGGGAAAAUUCUCCAAAUCUAAGAGAAAAAGGGUCCCCAGUAACAUCUACAGCACCUCCAAUUGUAAGUGGAGUCAGCAGCAGUGCCAGUGGACCAAGCACUGCUAAUUACAGCUCGUUCUCCAGUGCGUCGAUGCCACAGAUCCCAGUUGCGUCAGUCACUCCUACAGCAUCGCUGUCAGGAGCUGGUACUUACACCACCUCUUCGUUGAGUACAAAAUCUACAACCACAUCGGACCCUCCUAAUAUUUGUAAAGUAAAGCCCCAGCAAUUACAGACCGGCAGCCUACCUUCUGCAAGUCAUUUUUCACAGUUAAGCUGUAUGCCUUCCCUCAUUGCGCAGCAACAGCAAAGUCCGCAGGUUUAUGUGUCUCAAUCCGCAGCAGCUCAAAUCCCAGCCUUCUAUAUGGAUACAAGUCAUCUAUUCAAUACCCAGCAUGCACGAUUGGCCCCACCAUCCCUGGCCCAGCAGCAGGGCUUCCAGCCUGGUCUCUCACAGCCCACGUCGGUUCAGCAGAUUCCAAUCCCUAUCUACGCCCCAUUGCAAGGGCAGCAUCAAGCCCAGCUGAGCUUGGGGGCUGGGCCUGCUGUUUCCCAGGCUCAGGAAUUAUUCAGUUCUUCAAUUCAACCAUAUAGAUCGCAGCCAGCCUUUAUGCAGAGCAGUCUUUCCCAGCCCUCGGUGGUCCUCUCGGGCACAGCCAUCCACAACUUCCCAGCUGUCCCACACCAGGAGCUCGCCAAGGCCCAGUCGGGGCUCGCCUUUCCCCAGACCUCAAAUCCUCAGCCCAUCCCCAUCCUGUAUGAGCAUCAGCUAGGGCAGGCCUCUGGGCUGGGGAGCUCUCAGCUGAUUGAUACACACCUUCUUCAGGCAAGAGCAAAUCUUACUCAAGCCUCAAAUCUUUACUCUGGACAAGUACAGCAGCCUGGUCAGACAAAUUUUUAUAACACUGCCCAAUCACCAAGUGCUCUCCAGCAGGUAAACUAUGGCAUGGUUACAGUACCUUUGCCAGCAUCUCAGCUUUCCUUGACUAAUUUUGGAUCUACAGGACAACCUCUGAUUGCUUUGCCUCAGACACUUCAGCCCCAGUUACAGCACACAACCCCACAAGCACAGGCUCAGAGCUUGAGCCGUCCUGCGCAAGUAAGCCAGCCCUUCAGAGGAUUGAUCCCUGCGGGAGCCCAGCACAGCAUGAUGGCAGCCACAGGGAAAAUGUCUGAAAUGGAACUAAAAGCCUUUGGGAGUGGUAUUGAUAUCAAACCAGGAACACCUCCAAUUGGUGGUCGAAGCACCACGCCAACAUCUAGUCCAUUCAGGGCUACAUCAACAAGUCCAAACAGCCAGUCCAGCAAAAUGAACAGCAUUGUGUAUCAGAAACAGUUCCAGUCAGCCCCUGCCACAGUGAGGAUGGCGCAGCCGUUUCCUGCACAGUUUGCCCCCCAGAUUCUCUCUCAGCCUAACCUGGUCCCUCCAUUGGUAAGAGCCCCACAUACUAACACCUUCCCAGCGCCUGUCCAGAGGCCUCCAAUGGCACUGGCCAGUCAGAUGCCUCCUCCGCUGACCACAGGCCUCCUGGGCCAUGCUCGGCUGCCACAUGUAGCCAGGGGCCCUUGUGGAUCACUCUCUGGAGUCAGAGGUAAUCAGGCCCAGGCUGCGCUGAAGGCUGAACAAGACAUGAAGGCAAAGCAGAGAGCAGAGGUUCUUCAAUCCACGCAGCGGUUCUUCUCUGAGCAGCAACAGAGCAAACAGAUAGGAGGCAAAGCCCAGAGAGUGGACAGUGAUACAAGUAAACCUGAAACGCUGAGCGACCCUCCUGGGACUUGUCAGGAAAAAGUUGAAGAAAAGCCACCCCCUGCACCCACCAUAACCACCAAACCUGUUAGAACUGGACCAAUCAAACCUCAGGCGAUCAAAACCGAAGAAACAAAGUCAUAAAGGCUGUGGUUUAUUGGGGUGGGUGGGUAGGGAAAGUGAAGUCAAAUAAUGCCAGCAGCCACGGGGGUAAAGUGAUCUGUGACAUUAUCCUGUGAGACACACAAGGGGCAUAGAGCAUUUUACACUGACAGAGCUGCUAUACCAAUCACAAUGAGGCUCCACAGGCUCGCACCUCCUGUGUAACAUUUGCAACUUCAGUUGGUUUAUGUACAAGUGUGUAAACAGUCUGUAAGUGCAUACAGUUUAGUCCUAAGGGGCAGCAAACACCGCACGUAGGAGGAGAGUGAGACCACAGAGCAGCUCAGCUGGACACUGGGUGGUCCCAUUAAUCCAUCCGCUGUGUUUCUUUUGCUUCCUCCUGUUCUUUGGAUGGUCUAUGGCAUUUCUAAGCUUGAGAGUCAAAUGCUAACUGGUGCUGCACAGAGGAGCCUUACUUUUUAUUGGGGCAGCUUGCUAUUUUUGUAACAUGGUGGUUUGGUUGAACACAAUAAAGUACAGUAGUGACUGAUCUCCCCUUCCUGGAUGAGUGAGCAGAUGAUUAAAUAUUGGUGUCAGCAUCCUUGAGUAUAUUCAGAUGAGCAACAUGUAGCUUCUGCUUCUAUUUAAAAUGAUGCUGUGUUUGAUUGUGGUCCAAAGCUUCGAAGCACUAUUUGGCAUCUCCUUCCUUGGAGGUCUCACCAUUUAAACAUAACAGAUUUGAUAACGUUUUGGUAAGGUGAGGUCUUCUCUCCACUAGUUCAUUUUCAUAUGAACCAGUGGUUAUACAGUUUUGUUUUAGGGAUAUUUCAUUUUUUUAAUAACGGUUUUUAGCUGACAUUCAUGGAGAGAAUGAAUCCUUAGAACUGCCACUAGUGAAAGGAAAUCCAAUCUAAGUGUGUUUCUUUACAGAGCAGUGUCACACCAUCCUUUGGGCCCUCUGCUGGAAAAGUAGAAUCAAGUCUCAAAUAAUGCCUUUUAAAUUGUAUCCCCUAGUAUUAUAGAUGUAGGACAGUACUGUAUCAUACCUCUGUGAAUGUAAAAUAGCUUGUACCUGCUUUAUGAUACGUAGUAGUGACCGUGCUUUAUCAGAGCUGUUUUUAAUGAUGUUGCUCAGAAUGUUUCUUUCCAGAUGAUGAUUGAGAAGCUAAUUUAAAAAAAAAAAAUGGUGCCAGGUACCACAAGAGUAACGGAACUGUGCUGUUUUCUGGGGCUUUGUUUUUUACUUUUUUUUUUUUUUUUUUUUUUUUAAAUAGAGUGUGCUAGAUGUCUCUACAAUUUUGUUCAAAUGACUGCAGAACCUGGAAAAGCUGUUGCUGCUAUUGAUGCAUAACAUACUGCUAUUAUUGGUCUUUUUAUAUAAAUAUAAAUAUAUAUAUAUACAUAUAUAUAAUUUGAAUUUUUGGAAACUUUAGCUGUGCUGUCAACUUUGGAAAAAAGUAUCCCAGUUUACUGUGUUGAGUUGGCAUUGUACAGAAAUUAACAGCCAUAUUGGUCUAGAAAUGUUGAACUUAAUUUUUUUUCCAUUUGUACAGGGGUAACGCACUGUAUUAAAUAUGUAAGGUCUUAUCUACGUGGGUUUGAUUACAAAAACUAAUAAAGUAUUCUCUAAAUAAUGA